ACCAAUUUCCACCUCUAAUUCCAUGAGUCAGGCGGUUAACGUGCAGCAGCAGUAUUUGAUUAAUCUCGUUUUUUAUUAAAACUCGCCGAAAACCGAAAGAAAAUGUCGACCUUGGCCCCUUCGCUGUCCAUUGCUGGCACCCGCCAAUCCGGAGCAUCCGUGCGCACACAGAACGUUAUGGCCGCCCUGUCCAUUUCGAACAUCGUGAAGAGCUCCCUGGGUCCCGUGGGUCUGGACAAGAUGCUGGUGGACGACAUCGGCGAUGUGACGGUGACCAACGACGGAGCCACCAUCCUGCGACUGCUGGAAGUGGAGCAUCCGGCUGCCAAGGUCCUGGUUGAGCUGGCUCAGCUGCAGGAUGAGGAGGUUGGCGAUGGCACCACCUCGGUGGUCAUCCUGGCCGCCGAGCUGCUGAAGAACGCCGACGAGCUGGUCAAACAGAAGAUCCACCCCACCUCGAUCAUCUCGGGCUACAGGAUUGCCUGCAAGGAGGCCUGCAAGUACAUCUCGGAGCACCUGACCGCCCCCGUGGAUGAGCUGGGUCGUGACUCCCUUAUCAACAUUGCCAAGACAUCGAUGAGCUCGAAGAUCAUCGGCGCCGAUGCCGAAUUCUUCUCCGCCAUGGUCGUGGAUGCCGCCCAGUCGGUGAAGAUCACAGAUCCCCGUGGCCAGCCCGCCUACUCGAUCAAGGCCAUUAAUGUCCUCAAGGCCCAUGGCAAGUCUGCCCGGGAGUCCGUGCUGAUUCCCGGCUACGCCCUCAAUUGCACCAUCGCCUCCCAGCAGAUGCCCAAGAAGAUUGUGAACGCCAAGAUCGCCUGCCUGGACUUCUCGCUGCAGAAGACCAAGAUGAAGAUGGGCGUCCAGGUGCUGAUCAACGACCCCGACAAGCUGGAGGCCAUCCGUGCCCGCGAGCUGGACAUCACCAAGGAGCGCAUCAACAUGAUCCUGGGCACCGGAGUCAAUGUGGUGCUGGUCAGCGGCGGAGUGGAUGAUCUGUGCAUGAAGUACUUCGUUGAGGCCGGCGCCAUGGCUGUGCGUCGCGUGAAGAAGAGUGAUCUCAAGAUCAUUGCCAAGGCCACCGGCGCCGCCUUCCUCACCUCGCUGACCAACAUGGAUGGCGAGGAGAGCUUCGAUGCCUCCAUGGUGGGAGAGGCUGCUGAGGUGGCCCAAGAGCGCAUCUGCGACGAUGAGCUCAUUCUCAUCAAGGGCACAAAGGCGCGUGCUGCGGCCUCCAUUAUCCUGCGUGGUCCCAACGACUUCUACUGUGAUGAGAUGGAGCGCUCCGUCCACGACGCCCUGUGCGUGGUGAAGCGUGUGCUGGAGAGCAAGAAGGUGGUGGCCGGCGGCGGCUGUGUAGAGGCUGCCCUGUCCAUCUACCUGGAGAACUUUGCCACCUCGCUGGCCUCCCGCGAGCAGCUGGCCAUUGCCGAGUUCGCCAAGUCGCUGCUGGUCAUUCCCAAGACGCUGUCGGUGAACGCGGCCAAGGACGCCACGGAUCUGGUGGCCAAGCUGCGCUCCUACCACAACUCCAGCCAGACGAAGCCCGAGCGCUCGGACCUCAAGUGGACCGGCCUGGACCUGAUCGAGGGUCUGGUGCGGGACAACAAGAAGGCUGGUGUGCUGGAGCCGGCCAUGUCCAAGAUCAAGUCGCUGAAGUUCGCCACAGAGGCGGCCAUAACCAUUUUGCGUAUCGACGACAUGAUCAAGCUUAAUCCGGAGGAGAAGGGCGGAAAGAGCUAUGCCGAUGCCUGCGCCGCUGGCGAACUGGACGGUUAGACAUACUCCUUUGCGAGCGAGGCACAUUCACUUCCCCCCACUCUGUUUAGGCAUUUAAUUUUAAUCAAAUCACUCACUUUCAAUUGUCGCCCCAUUUGAUUGUAACAACAAUUUAAUUGUGUUGCCCUAAGCGAUCUGUAUUAACACCGCACAUCCGUUAUCCUUUCUCAUCCACACGCUUCAAUGUAUAAUAAACUGAACUUCAGAAUACGCUGAGGCGCCAACUAAA